AUGCAAAAUUUUUCAGGGAUAAAAACAAUUUUUAUUCACAUGAUUCAUGCUUUUAUACAUGUUGAUAAAAAAUAUACAUUACAAAACUUAAUUACAAAGGGAAUUAUAGUCAAAAGCAAAUGUACCCAAAGCAAAUGUGCCCAAAUCAAAUGGGUUUUUCCUUGA